AUGAAGUCGUUUAAGCUUAUUGUACACCAAUCCAGCUUCAGUCCAUUUGAUCUUAUUAUAAAUCUGAAAGAUUAUCCGGGGCUUAAUGAAAAGGAUGUUGUUGAAAUUUAUCACCCUGACAAUGAUUACCCUCGCCUUCUACUGCAAGUUUUUAAGGUGGAUGUACCAGGACGAGGCAGAGAUACUAUCAGUGUGGAACAGAGCAUAGCCACAACAUUCCAGUUGAGAACUUUUGCUGAUGUCUAUGUAAAUAUUGUGAAUGUAGCAGAUGUGGCUCUUGAUUCCGUUGAGCUUACUUUCAAAGAUCAGUAUAUGGGAAGGUCAGAAAUGUGGAGGUUGAAGAAUCAUUUGGUUGGAACCUGCGUGUAUCUAAAUAAAAAAAUUGAAUAUUGUGGAGGUGCCAUACGAUGUCAGGUCUAUGAAAUGUGGUCUCAAGGGGAUAGGGUAGCCUGUGGAGUAAUUACUGAAGACACUAAAAUAGUGUUUCGGUCUUCUACUUCUAUGGUCUAUCUUUUUAUACAAAUGUCUUCUGAGAUGUGGGACUUUGAUAUUCAUGGAGAUUUAUAUUUCGAAAAAGCUGUUAACGGAUUUCUUGCAGAUCUCUUCGCUAAAUGGAAGAAAAAUGGCAGUAAUCAUGAGGUGACAAUAGUAUUGUUCUCAAGGACAUUUUAUAAAGCCAAGUCUUUGGAGGAGUUUCCACAACAUAUGAAAGAAUGUCUACAAAAGGAUUACCGAGGAAGAUUUUAUGAAGAUUUCUACAGAGUUGCAGUUCAAAAUGAGAGAUAUGAAGACUGGUCAAACGUCUUACUUCAACUAAGGCGUUUAUUUACUGAUUACCAAAAAAUUGUGUUACAAUACCAUGAGAGGCCUAACAUGGAAAUACCUACAGCUAUUAACUCUACAGCAGCUCAAGGCAACUUUCUCGAAGUAUUGAAUAUGAGCUUGAAUGUAUUCGAAAAGCAUUAUUUAGACAGAUGCUUCGACCGUACAGGGCAACUGAGUGUGGUUAUUACUCCUGGCGUAGGUGUGUUUGAAGUCGACAGAGAACUGACUAACGUUACCAAACAACGCAUUAUAGACAACGGAGUCGGCAGCGACUUAGUAUGUGUUGGAGAACAACCCUUACAUGCUGUCCCGCUUUUGAAAUUCCACAAUAAGGACAAUAACCUAAACUCCAUUGACGAUUACUCGAUGCCGCAUUGGAUUAAUUUAUCCUUCUAUUCAACAAAUAAGAAAGUGGCGUAUUCAAACUUUAUUCCUAGAAUAAAAUUGCCUCCCAGAAAGAGCCAGGAGCCCUUGAGGAAAAUGUAUGAAGAUGAAAAAAAAGGAAAGUUAUUAAAAGAAGACGAAUAUAUGCAUAAUUCUAUAUUUGAUUACGACGCCUAUGACGCACAAGUGUUCCAGUUGCCUCCAGCGCACAGCACAUGCGUGCAAAAAGUAACACGCACGAAGAAAACUUCUAUAGCAGGUUUGGAAGGUAUGAAUAGGAGAAGUCCGCCUAUCUCUAGUAUACACCAUAGAAAGAUGUCGGACCCUGACAUUCAUCACAGUAUUGCUGACGUUGUGCCUUCUAGCAGCAAAGGGGCCUACGAUUCGAACAGCGAUGCAACAGACUCUCCUGUAUCAAGCAACCGACUGUCGCCACGUAGCUCUAUAUCGUCACACAAGCCCGUUAUUAGGACUGGUAGAGCACUUAUCAACCCGUUCGAUCCAUCUCACGUGACAGUCAAACUGACCAGUAAUAGGCGGAGAUGGACACACAUAUUUCCUAAAGGACCAACUGGGGUAUUAAUACAACAGCAUCAUUAUCAAGCGCGGCCUGCUGGAGAACCAGCUUCAAGGAGCGAAGACCAUCGCUGUGACAAUAAUGUAAAUAAGGAUAACGGAUCUUCAAUGAUGAACAAUAAUCAUUCCAUCUAUCAAGUUGAUGGUAACGUGAUAGGUCGCAAACGCAUGGUGUCUACAUCAGGGACAUUAGGCGGCCUAGUUGCCAGUUCGAGCGCAGCGUCAACUACAAACAAUGCCUCUCUAGCGCUAUUGUGGGGUGCGACUGGCGAACAGGAAUGGACCCCCGCUCUAACUACAGGUGUGGACUGGAAAUCGUUGACUAUCCCGGCUUGUUUGCCCAUCACGACGGACUAUUUCCCGGAUAAGCGUUCUUUACAGAACGACUAUUUAGUGUCAGACUACAAUCUUCUACCGGAUGACGUCAACGCAGACUUUGCACGGAAUAGAGCCAUUUAUAAGGAGCCGUUGACAACUAUGGAAGUAUUCAAGGAGUUGGUUUCGCAAAGAUUAGCUCAGGGUUUCCAACUAAUAGUAGGAGUAAAUGAGAACGAAGUAAUAGAAUCUCACUGCCCAUCGUCUGGGGGACCGCCGCCUUCAAAAGUAGCACCUCAGAUGGGCAAGGCAAACAACGUCGCUCCCACAAAACGAUACUUGCUCUCUAUUGGCAGGAUCUUCCAUAAGCUUACUCUCGUCGAAUCUACCAUCACCGUCACAAGAUACAGGCCCAGACACCCAUACCCACCGUUCAAUAUCCACUACCGGUACCGUUUUCAUGCACCGAAUCACGACACAUAUGAAGUGUCCUGGGUGUCUUUUACAACGGAGAAACUGGAGACAUACAACUGGAACUAUAUGGACCACUAUAUCUGUACGAGAGGGGACACCGACUUCGCGCUCGUUGAGGCUCUCAAAUACUGGCGCUUCCGCACCCUACUGUUGCCACUGUACAACCCUGCUACCAAACAAAUUAUGGAGGAUGAAACGACACAUUGUGACAUAUACCCAACGCCGACGAGACAUGAUCUCGAUCAACUAACGGAUGGUUUUCUUAAAAUGACUGAACAAUACUUUAAUAAGGUCAAAAGACCCAAUAAGCAGAGGAUGGCGAUAGCGGCGGCCGGCCCCGACGCAUCGCUGACGAGGCGCCGACACUCAACCUCCAACCUCACGCGAAAUGCCCAGGGCGGUGUAUCAAACUCUCCCUUCAGGGAGCGCGUUGGCAGCACUCGUCUACCUGAUCGGCCGAGGCUACGGAUCGAAGCCAUGUCAGUACAAGACACACCUAGGGCUGCGGUGAAAACUGUCCUUGAGAGGACGCAAUCUCAAACCGGUGAAUGUGAUGAUACAUAUGAUGACGGAGUCAUAGAACCAAAGCUGAAAGCAAACGCAACAUUAGUAGAAACUAUGGAGCGUAUGCGCAGUCCUACAUUAGGAGUUGGGUACUUACAGCAAACCGUCAGUCUUCCGUCACAUGCCUUUGUAUCCAUAUAUGCCAUACACUGGCUUCAAGCUAAUAUGGAGGGAGCUACUUAUGAAAAAGCUACAAAUAUUAUGGAGAAACUGCUACAAGAAAGGGUGAUAUGUCACGCAUCAGGCGACACCUCAAAGCGGUUUGUCGUCGGCUACUACAUGUAUCACAUACUGCCUCAGAAAAAAGACAAAGAGAAUUUAUCAGACUAUGUGAAACCACUUGGUGAUCUGCAAAGCUUCGAAAACGAAUGGAUGGAAGUUGAAGUAUUAGGUCCUCGAUCGCCCUUGCUACCGGCCGAAGCCACGUCGAGGGCCAUCGAUAUAUCCGGGUCGAGUCCGGUCACGGACGACACUGGGGUGCCGGCAUUCCUGUGUGAUAAUAUUGAUCCUGAUUACAUGCAACUGGGAAGUGAUAGCGACAUGCCCCUGUACAAGAACACGCACUUAGACAUUGAUGUGAACAAUAAAAGCGAUCGCAUCGAAUGGGGCCACGCUCGUUACCAGGCCACCUUCCGGCCGGACCAGGCUUAUGAAAUGUGCAUACAGUGGGCCGUUGCUUCAGGAAAUAUCGUCGCUGAAUUGAUUUUCGGUUGGGCGCGUAAAGCGCAAAGCUGUCGUUUGCAAAUGGUGCCCAUACCGGCUGACCCUCUCGCUUUGCCGUUCACCUUGAAAUCUGACCCUCUGCGAGGACCUAUAUACGUGCCUCUCAAUGAAGAACCCUUACUAAGGAGUAAAAGUACUUUAUUUGAAGGUUUUCCCGAAGACACUUGGCUGGAGCGUUUGUUCCUGUUCCAAGAAGCAAUAGUGGGCCGAUUUGGAUUCAUAAAGUGUACAGUUGAAAGUACCUCUCACGAGGCGGGCGUAGGCGACCAUUUGUACGUACACGUUACAGGCAACAUGUUUAUUUUGAUACCCACUACCGUCAAGUCGGAACACAAGGCUUUGAGAACAAAGCCCGCCAACAGACCGCUCAAUAGCAGCAGGUACCCGGUGCACUUAGAAGCAGCCCCCAGUCCCCACGAGGGUUACAUAACGAGGCAUGUCACUGGCAAAAACAAGGAUGACUACGAUAAUACUCGCCGGAUGGGAUUUCUUUGGUCAUGGAAUCAUAUGAUAUCUAAAAAGUUAAAGUCUUCUCAAACACCUGCAACAGGAGACGAAGGUUUCCAAAUGCGAAUGCUCCGGGACUUUAAGCAUUUCUGUGCAAAUCAAGAACAAAGACUCAGCCAGUUCUGGGAACAGUGUUGGGAACUCAGAGAAAAGGCCCAUGGCAUUCAGUCCUGUUAA